CAUCUCUCUCUCUCUCUCUGUGUCUCCUUCUCGGCCAACAAGACAAGUCUUCAACAGCGGCAGCAGCAGCAGCAGCAGCAAGCUGGUGGCAUGGGCAAGUCUUCCCUCCUGGCAUGCUUCUCCCUCUUCCUCGUUCUUCCUCCCUGCCUCGCUGCGGACCCUGACCUGCUCCAAGACAUCUGCGUAGCAGAUCUCAGCUCGAACGUCAAGUUAAAUGGCUUCGCGUGCAAGCCAGCCGCCAGCAUCACAGAGGCGGACUUCUUCUUCAGGGGCCUGGCCGUGCCCGGCGCCACCACCAACACUACCACGGGCUACCUCGUGACCGCUGCCAACGUCGAGAAGAUCCCCGGGCUCAACACCCUCGGCUUGUCCUUCUCUCGCGUCGACUUCGCUCCCGGCGGGCUGAACCCGCCCCACACCCACCCGCGCGCCACCGAGAUCGUCUUCGUCCUCGACGGCACCCUCGACGUCGGCUUCCUCACCACCGCCAACAAGAUGGUGGCCAAGACCAUCACCAAGGGCGACAUCUUCGUCUUUCCCCGCGGGCUAGUCCACUUCCAGAAGAACAGCGGUGCGGUUCCCGCCGCCAGCAUCUCUGCCUUCAACAGCCAGCUCCCCGGCACCCAGUCCAUUGCCGUCACACUCUUUGCGGCCAAUCCGCCGGUGCCCGACCAUGUUCUUACCGAGGCGUUCCAAAUCGGAACCAAGGAGGUGGAAAAGAUCAAGAGCCGCCUUGCACCCAAGAAAGCAGCAGAAGAGGCGGUCAACUGUCUUUAAUUACUGGAAUGUGGUCGGCGGCAUAACGUUUGUUCAUUGUUCAUUCAAUCAUUAGCUAAAUAAGAUUUGCUGCAGCUCUGAAGCAAUGAUUCCAUCUCAAAUGCAGGAGGGAUCACCAAAACAAACACUAAUGAGCCAUUCAUUCUAUGUCUCCUAUUCUGGAAAUUCAAAAGGAUUUCCUAUAAAUUCCACCAGCACACAAGAACAGAGGUGAUAAAGACAACAAUCAUGGUAAGACUUUUUACUUCAAAUGGGGGCUUUACUCAGGUCCAUAGUAAUCAUCAUCACUAAGCCAUCAAAUAAAAUGGGUGAUACCUUUAUGCAUGCCCCAGAAGAGAGACAGAUAUCUGAUCAAAAGGGCCUGCUUUUGCUGAGACUGAGAGGAUCCUCCACCACCACAAUAUUUCAUGCAUGGCUUGAGCAUUUGGUUCUCUGAUUUGUAUCAGUUCAUCCCCAGAUUGCAUCAACCAGUAAAGAGGGAAACUUGAGUUUUCUGUGAUAGGUUUUUCCUUCAAUAUAUAAUAGGAUGAGUAUUUUGUCUUCCAACA